AUGCACUAUUGGUAUGUCAACAAUGGGUUUACAAGAAGACUUUUAGGGUUUUCAGUUGCCGUUUCGAAUACGACUGAUUACAAUCAUGGCGUUAUUUGUUAUCAUGAGAGAAAAUACAACAAGUAUACGAUACCUUCCACUGUGGAUUUUUUCUGCUCUGCUGUUGGUCGGUAUGUAAUAUUUUACAAUGAGAGACGCCCAGGAAUCAGCUACCCAGAAGAUUACAGUCAAUACGCCUUUGUUGACCUCUGUGAAAUAGAAGUUUAUGGUUGUCCAAUACCCCAGUAUGGAUUUGAACAACCAGCCUGCACACUUCCUUGUGCUGCCUUGUGUAAAUAUGAUAUGGAAAAUCUGAGUUACAGGAAACAAACUUGGCUGUCAUCACCAUUCAGCCCUUUUAUGGCUGGCGAUAAAGCAGUUGAUGGACGAUAUACGUCACGCCAUUACUCAAGUGGACAGUGUGCUAUAUCAAAACCAUCAACACAAAUAACAUGGUGGGUUAAUCUGGAAAAGAUACACAGGAUCGAACUCGUCGUAAUCUAUUUCAGGACCGAUAACGUACAAUGGGGAAUAAACAAUGGCUAUACGGCAGUUUUCCUAGGAUUUUCCUUGUACAUUUCGAACUCUACUAAUCGUCUUGACGGAAUCCUAUGUCACCACGAUACAAAUUACACAAGAGAAACCAUUCCUGAUCACGUGACUAUUGAUUGUCCUUAUCAUGGACAAUAUGUCAUUUUUUACAAUGAACGUCUGCCCGGAGUUACCUACCCUUCCGGGUAUUCAAACUUGGCUUAUGGUGACCUGUGUGAAGUUGAGGUCUAUGGUGGUUGUCCCAGUCCUGUGGGUAAAAAUCCUCAGUGUUCGAGACCUUGUCCCUGGAAUUGUGAACAAUGCUACCGUGACACGGGGCUGUGUGCCAAAUGUUGGCCUGGAUUUCGAGGUCAUGCUUGCGAAUUACCUUGCCAAGCUAUAGUUAACGUUACAACGUCAUCCAGUGUUAUUUACAAUGGACCUAUAUACCAGGCGCUGUUGUCUUCCAAUGGACUUUAUUAUCCGGGCACUGAACGAGGGUAUGCAUAUAUAAAUAUGACUUUAUCUGAGAAGUCGACAAACAUUGUUGGUCUGUCCUUCACCCUUCAUCAGGCAUCCAACGUGAUGGUUACCUUACUGGAUAACAAACAAUAUGUUAUCAAGAAAUAUUUCGAACACUCCUCAGACAAUCAGAAAUGGAAUGUAAAAGUAAUGAACAGCGUGAUCUCUCAGGUUCAUUCCAUCAGUGUAGCGGUGGUGUAUAAGCACCAGUUUACUAUCUCAAGUUUGAGGCUUCCUCUGCGAAAAUGCAAAAAUGAAGAUAUAUCAUCUGAGACACAGAAGAAUGAUGAUGUAUUUAAAUACCUCUAA